AUGCCGACCGUCCCUCCCGAACUGAGCGACUACAUCGUCGAUUUCCUCCACAAUGAUUAUCCUUCCUUAAAGGCGUGCUGUCUCGCUUCCCGUGAUUGGCUGGCGACAGCGCGUUAUCAUCUCUUCGAAAGCGUUACGCUGCACAACCCUCGCCUAUGCGAGGCUUUCAAGCAGCUUAUGGAGCGUUCUCCUACUAUUGGGUCAUUUGUUCAGGAGAUCAACAUCUCGCGGUUGAUAGGCCCUGGCACGACCACGUAUACCGGCGCGGAGCGACACCUUUUGGAGCAGUCCCUGUCGUCGAUAUUCGUGUGCUUGGACCACGUGAAGACCCUCUCGGUCGCGAUGCUCGACAUCAGCGCCACCAUCCAGUCUGGCCUGGUGAACCGUCCGUCGGUGACGGAGCUAGUGCUUCAAUAUUGCACGCUCCCUGCAUUCCAGGAUUUCAUCCAACUCUUCCACUGUUAUCCGCUGUUGGAAUCCCUCAACCUGCAUGGAGUAACAUGGAAAUCGAAAUCGUUCCGACCUCUCUCCCGAUCGACCUCGGUGCAUUUGCGUAAAUUGGUGGUAGGGAGGGAUGUGGAUACCACUACCCUCUUAGAAUGGAUGCUCGCGGAGUCUAUCCACGGCAGCAUCGAAAGCCUUUCAAUUUGCUGUACGUCGGAGAGGGAUGCUGUCGUCGUUGCUCCGCUACUGGAGAUCCUCGGCCCACAGCUGGCACACCUCGACCUCCAUUGGAACCUUCCUGCGGCGAAAUCGAUCCGCUUGCCUCCCGUUCUUUCCGUUGAACGGUGCACCAGCCUUCGGGAGCUGUCGCUGUAUUGCGCGGUUCCGUACGAUUGCACACUGCUCUGGCUCACUGCUCUCCUCUCGGGCCUCCGUGCAGCCCACCUCGAAGUUAUUGUGGUCAAUCUUCGAGUCUUGGGCAACCUAGAGGCCAUAGAUUGGGAGGCGGCUGAGAAGAUACUCUCCGAGAUUACGAGCCUUCGAUCGCUCCUCUUCAGAAUAAAGCUGUGGGUCGGUGUCUACGCCAACCGACUGGAGGUAGAGACAUCCAUUCGUGGAUCCCUAUCCCAUCUAGAUUCGAAAGGCUUACUCUCCUUCGCCUCAUAA